AUGAACUCCUCUGGAAAUGAUAACUGGCACCCCGGUGGCCCUCCAGCGCACCCGGGGAUGGACCAGAUGAACCAACAACCUCGCCCAUUGGGCUCGUAUGGACAAAACCCGCCGCCCCAGCAAGGCCCGUCCGGUCAACCCGCGGGGCCUGUUCUCCCACCUCCAGCUGGCCCCUAUCACCCUGCGAGCCAACCGGCCGGCCACUCCCUCCCGGGGCUGGCAGAACUGAGCCAGGGCCAUGCCGGUCCCCAUCAGCCUCCCGCAUAUGGCCAACACCCUUCGGCGUCCUCGCAUAGCGCCGGCCACUCGCUGCCUGGCAUCGGCCAGGCUAUGCAGCACCCGUCUCCCCAGACCAUUAACCGAGAGCGGGAGCGCGACUCCAGAGAGCGCGAGCUGCUCGAAAGACACCGUCAGGAGGAGAUGGCACACAGGGAACGUGAGCAGCGCGAGCGCGAGCGCGAACAAAUCGAACGGCAGCAGCUGGAGCGACAGCGCGAACAGCAGCAUCACCCUGUGCAGAGCCACACCGGGUCGAUCCCCCUGCAUCAGCCUGUCGCUUCCAAGGUGCCGAACUCCAUCCACGGGCCCAAUGGACUCCUGUCGAACUUGGGUUCCAACCCGCAAAACGGCCCUCAAGGGUCGAUGCAGUCGUCGGGAGCUCCUGGCUCACUCUAUGGGCCCCAGAUGCCGCAUGGCGAAGGCACUCCUCGGUCGUUCAUGCAGCAUCCUAGCGGUCCUCCUGGACAGCCGAUGCUGGCUUUCAAUACCUCCGGUCCUCAGAUCCCGGGCAAUGUGGCUGCCCUUGCGCAGGGUCAGCAGCCGAUUUUGAACGUAAGUCCGCCGAGUCACUUGUGCAGUUGUGGACCCUGCCGUUGUUUCUGGGAGAAAAAGCAAGAUGCGCUGAGCUAUCUGGAUCAAGUCAAGGUUCGCUUUGUCGAUCAACCGGACGUGUACAACCGGUUUCUGGAUAUAAUGAAAGAUUUCAAGAGCCAAACCAUCGACACACCCGGUGUGAUCCAACGCGUUUCAUCGUUAUUUAACGGACACCCAGCGCUCAUCCAAGGUUUCAAUACCUUCCUACCUCCUGGAUAUCGGAUUGAAUGCGGAACCGAAGACAACCCGGACGCAAUUCGGGUGACAACUCCCUCUGGGACGAACACCUUAAGUAUGCCGCGGACUCGUCACUCGCUGGAGGCUUCUGGUGAGUUGGGACCGACUAGUGCCAUGGGGCCUCACGGACGCCCCGACUUCUUUGACCAGUCCCGCCCCGGCUGGCAGCAACAACCCCAACACCAACCACCCCAGCAACCCCAGCAACAGCAGGGAAACCUUGCAGGUUCGUAUUCACCAGGGUCACGCAUGAUGGGACCUGGCAUGUUCGGACAACAGAGCGGCCAAAACCAGCCCCAGGAGCAUCAUUUUGAGUACCCCACUCAGCAAGAACAGCAAGCUGCGGCUGGUGCGGCGGCCAUGGCUCACCAGCAGGACCAGCGCGGUGUGUCGCAGCUUCAGGGCGCAGCUUCGGCUGCCUCUGCCGGUCUGGGACGUCCCGGUUUGCUCCAAGUGUCUCCUGCCUCGGCCCAGAAUUCUAGCUUGAACCAGCCUAUGAAUAACCUGGCAGGCGUCGGCUCUGGCAUGCUUCAGGGCUCGCAAGCAGACUUAAACAAACGCGGACCGGUUGAGUUCAACCACGCGAUCAGCUACGUAAACAAGAUAAAGAAUCGCUUUUCGAGCGCCCCUGAGAUUUAUAAGCAAUUCCUGGAAAUACUACAGACUUACCAGCGCGAGUCUAAACCAAUCCAGGACGUAUACGCUCAGGUGACUCAGCUAUUCAAUACUGCCCCGGAUCUCCUGGAAGAUUUCAAGCAGUUUCUCCCCGAGUCCGCUGCUCACGCUAAACAGCAAGCUGCGGCACGUCAAGCUGAGGAGGCUGCCGCCGCUGCACCUAUGAGCAACCUGAGAGGUGAAGGCAACUUUUCUAGCGCCGCCACUCUCCCCUCUCAAACCCCCAACCGUGAUGUCAAGAUGCCUCCUCUUGGUCAGUUCAACGUGAAGGACUCGGGCAAAGAAGGCAAAAAGCGUCGCGGAGGCCCUGGUGCCCCAGCUGGCUUGGGCUCAGUCUCAGGGCCUUCAUCUGCAGCUGAAGCUGCACGCCUGCCUGAUGCUCAGAAUGGUCGAGCUCCAGCCAUCCAGCCUGGUAACGCCAACAAGCGAACCAAGGUUCACCAUCCCAAGACAGCACAGGCAGAUGCCCCCGCUGUCUCGCCAACUCUCGUUCCCGCCCUCCCUGAACCUAUUCAGCCUACUUUCUCGUUGACUCCCAGCCAAGAAGAGUUCGCCUUCUUUGACCGGGUCAAGAAAUACAUUGGCAACAAGCAGACUUUCAAUGAGUUUCUCAAGCUCUGCAACCUGUACUCUACCGACCUCAUUGACCGCCACGUCCUUGUGAAGAGAGCCGCAGGUUACAUUGGUUCCAAUCCCGAGCUUAUGGCGUGGUUCAAGCGGUUUAUGCACGUUGACGAGCCCGAGGACAAGAUCAUCGAGCCCAAGCCUAGGGUUGAGCCGGGCAUUGUCAAUCUGUCCCACUGCCGGUCCCUUGGACCUAGCUAUCGGCUCCUGCCGAAGCGCGAAAGGCAGAAGCCGUGCAGUGGUCGCGAUCAGCUCUGCUACAGUGUCUUGAACGACGAGUGGGCUUCUCACCCGACGUGGGCCUCGGAAGAUUCCGGUUUCGUGGCACACCGCAAGAACCAAUACGAGGAUGCCUUGCACCGCAUCGAGGAGGAUCGUCACGACUAUGAUCACCAUAUCGAGGCGUGCACGCGCACCAUCCAGCUCAUCGAGCCCAUUGUUCAGCAGUUCCUGGUCAUGUCGGAGGCGGAGAGGGCCGCUUUCAAACUUCCUCCUGGUCUUGGUGGCCAGAGUGAAGCGAUUUACCAGCGCGUCAUCAAAAAGAUCUAUGAUCGACAGCGCGGAGAAAAGAUCAUCCAAGAGAUGUUCGAGCGGCCUUGCCAUGUGCUUCCAAUCCUCCUGUUCCGUUUGAAGCAGAAGUCCGAGGAAUGGAAGGCGAGUCAGCGCGAGUGGGACAAGAUCUGGCGUGAGCAGAUGCAGCGGGCCUACUGGCGCAGCUUGGAUCACCAGGCCAUUGCCAGCAAGGGCAUCGACAAGAAGCUCUUCGUGGCGAAGCACCUCCAAAACGAGAUCCAGAGCAAGUUUGAGGAGGCCAAGAACCUCCGCAAGACCGGAUUCCAGGUUCCCAAGCAUCAGUAUGAGUUCACCUUUGACGACCCGGCUGUUCUCAUCGAUGCCACCCACUUGCUGCUGACCUUCAUCGACCGCAACUCCGCUGGAUUCGGAGCCGAUCCGCAGAAGGUUACGAACUUCAUCAAGGACUUCAUUCCCCUCUUCUUCGGCAUGGAUCGGGAGUCUUUCCAUUUGUACAUGAAUGAGGUUGCCAGCGGGACUUCGCCGAUUGACGAGGGCGACGACGAGAGCCUGGCUGCGGAAGAAACCUCGACCCCGCGGGUUCGCAAGCCGGUGAAUGGCAAGAAAAUCGACCUACUCCGUGACGUGCUGGAGCGUCGCAGCGAGAAGGCCAACCGCAGCGAGAAGGAGGGUGGCAGCAGCGCUCCGGCCAGCCGCGAUGGCACCCCGGAUGCCGUUCUCAUUCCGUCGACCCCCAUCCCGGAUCCCACCGAAACCUUCGACGUGGCCGAGCUGAAGUGGAUGGAGCACCCGGGACAGGGCAACUUCAAUCUGAAGCGGGAAUACACGUUGAACGAAACCUACGAGAAGAAGGUUCACCACCUGUACUCCAACCUGAACAUCUUCUGCUUCUUCCGCACCUUUGAGAUUCUCUACGCGCGCCUGCUCCGCAUCAAGUUGCACGAGAAGGAUGCCCACGAGGACGUCCGUCGUGCUCUGAUGGCCAAGCCUGCGCAGGAGCUGAACCUGAUCGACAAGAUCCCCACCGACUUCUUCUACGACUGCGAGCCCACGGCCAACUUGUAUUCCCAGGUGGUGCGCAUGUGCGAGGAGGUCAUCAAGGGCGACCUGGAGCCGGUCCAUCUGGAGGAGACCCUCCGCCGGUAUUACCUGCGCAGCGGCUACCAGCUGUACAACCUCGAGAAGAUGUUCACGGGAAUCGCCAAGUUUGCGGGGGCCAUCUUCAGCGGCGACGCCAAGGAUCGCAGCUCAGAUAUCAUCAGCCUGUUUUUCAAGGAGCGCGAGAAGGAGCAGACCACGCAUAACCAGGAGAUCCAGUACCGCAAGCAGGUCGAGCGACUGAUCAAGGACGGCGAUGUUUUCCGGAUCACUUUUAGCCCUACCAGCAAGAAGUCAUACGUCCAGCUCCUGACGCCGGAGGACUCGACGCUGGAGAAUGCCGAGCUGAGCCAGGAAGCUCGCUGGUCGUACUACGUGUCGGCCUACACCAUGCGGGAUCCCACCGAAGGGGUGCCGUUUUCGCAGAUGCGCAUGCCGUUCCUGAAGCGGAACCUGCCGGCCAAACUGGAGCAAGAGGAGGAGUACAACCGGUUCUACCGGCCGUUGGUGCACCUGGACGGACUGAUCAUUCGCAUCUGUGCCAACAGCUACCACAUCCUCUACGAGCCCGGCAGCUACGACUGGUGGUGGCGGCCGAUUGCGGCGUCGGACGAGUCGGGCGACGAGGCGGCCAAGGAGGCGGCGGCGGUCAAGGAGCGACGACGGGAUCGGUUUACCGAGAAGUUUGUCAACAACCCCAGCUGGGCGCAUGGAUUGAGCAAGGAUCAGGUGGACGAGUCCAACCAGCGAUUCCGAUCCUGGAUCAAGGGCAGCGAGACGGAGGAGAGUGGUACCACCGCGCCGGAUGCGCCGACAUCCGAGAAGCCAGAGGCGGACAACAAGGACGACACGGAAAUGGCGGAUGCCGAGCCCGUCGCGGCGGAGGCUAAAGAGCAGCCGUAA